AUGCAGACAAGUGGAAGAUAUCAGCAUCUUGGACCGCCAUCGAAAGUGGCUACAGAAAAUCGUCGUCGCCCCUCUGGUCAUAUAUUAAGGAGACCGGCAGAUCGCCUUGUUCAACGAGUGUUGAGGAGUUUGUCGGAUUCAAGCUGGAGGGGACCAGCUGCCCGAAAACGGAAGUUCUGGACUGAGGUGGUGAAAGAGAACAUGAGGACACUCGGCGUUGGAUAG